UCGGCCCCCGCGGGCCGCCGCCGUCGCCGUGGAAACGAAGGCUGCCGAUCGGCGCGGUGGCUUCCUCUCCUCCCGGCAGCGGUGGGCUCCCACCAGCUUGAGGGCGGCGGACCGCGAUGCUGAAGGCCAAGAUUCUCUUCGUGGGGCCCUGCGAGAGUGGAAAAACCGUUUUGGCCAACUUCCUGACAGAAUCUUCUGACAUCACCGAAUACAACCCAACCCAAGGAGUGAGGAUCCUGGAAUUUGAGAACCCACACGUGACCAGCAACGCCAAAGACCCGGGGUGUGAAUUUGAGCUAUGGGAUUGUGGCGGUGAUCCAAAGUUCGAGUCUUGCUGGCCAGCCCUGAUGAAGGACGCGCACGGGGUGGUGAUCAUCUUCAAUGCCGACCUCCCGAGCCACCUGAAGGAAAUCGAGAUGUGGUAUUCCUGCUUCGUCCAGCAGCAGUUCCUACAGGACCCUCGGUGUCUGUUGAUCGCGCACCACAAACCAGGCUCCGGAAGUGAUAAAGGACACCUGACUUUGUCGCCCCCCUUGAGCAAGCUGAAGCUGGUGCACUCGAAUCUUGAGGAUGACCCUGAAGAGAUCAGGUUGGAGUUCAUAAAGUAUUUAAAAAGCAUAAUCAACUCAGUGUCUGAAAGCAGAGACCGGGAGGAGAUGUCAAUUAUCACCUAAGCAGCCUUCACCUGGACUCUUCCACAUCGCACAUGAGGUCACCUUGUUCCCCAGGCAGAUCUGGAAUCUUACCCAGCUACUGAUGCGACCUUCUCCCUGUGGCUAUAGAAGAGAUUUUCCUUAUCUGCUCUUAAGGUCGGGUCAGCCAGGGAGUUGACUCAUACUGUUUAUUCCCUGUCCUUAGUUCAGAUGAGAAAAUCCUCUUAUUGCAUUCUCAUUCCUUUGCCCCAAACCUCUCCAAGAGCUGGAAAACUGAGCUGUUUUUCUUUCCUCUUCAUAUACGUCAAGUGACAAAAAUUGUGGAAUUGUAACCGUCAGAACCAAACGAUUCGGCAGUUUAAUUCCUGUGUGUUGGUUUGAAGGUGGUUUUCAUUGCUUAGUUCAUUCAGCAAAUACUGACGCGUCGUGCUACACUGUUCUAGCUGCUGACGAUAUAUAGCAUGAGCAAAACAGAUAAAAAUCCGCCCCCUCGUGGAGCUGCCAUUCUGUUCCUUUAAAUAACAGGGAGGUAGAGUCCAACACUUAAGUCCUACACCUUAGAUAUGAGGAAAAAAUGAUAGAGUCUUCCAUUUUCCAUAAUUGGUCUAAAUCUCAUGGUCCCCUCCUCCUAGAUAAGGAGGGGACCUAGACCACAUUUGAUGCCAAAUGAGGGUACAAUUGAGCCUCCUUCAUGGGCUCUGCAUUUGCAAAUUUGCCUACUGGCUCAAACUGAUUUGUAACCCCCAGAUCAAUACUCACAGCGCUUUCAGUUAUUCAGAACGGCAAAAAAUUUGGAUCACUGGUCACGCAUGUUUCCAGCUGAGGCUGAACAAGGCCACCCUCUGCCUUCUUGUUUCACAUCUCAUACUAUCAAGUGUCCUUGUCACAGCCUAUUGGGUGCCGCAUUUUCACAUUUCUGUGCUUUUCGUGAGUGGUUUCGCUGUUUAAAAUGACCCCCAAAUGUGGCGUGGGAAAAGCUGGCUAAUGUUCCAAAGUGCAAAAAGGCUGGGAUGUGCCUUACGGAGAAAACUGAUGCUUCAGAGAAGCCUCGUUCCAGCACAAGUUCCAGUGCAGCUGGCUGUGAGUUCAAUGUCGAUGAAAUCAACAACGCAUAUUGAAUAGGGUGUCUUUAAAUAGAAGCGUCCAUAAAACAAGGUUGCAUAUUGAUGGCUGAUGAAACUGGGAUCAGAGGUGCACAGGAACGUAACCCUGUAUUUCCCCAGAAGCAGUGGUUUGCUAUUCCCUCAUCCAGUGCGCAUGGUGACUUUACAGAAUGUAAGGACCGUGCAUAGUGAGAAUCAACUGUUUUUCUGUCUCUUGCAACUUAAAAGUUUCCACAUUAGUUCAGUCUCUGGGGUAAAUAUUUCAUCAAUUCAAGGUUACGGUCUACUUCCUCACCCUUUUCCCCAAGAUGGCCUCAGGGUGAUCGGACAGGGUUUGUGCUAAUAUUGGGGCAGCUGUUCAAGGGCCAGGUCCUCUGGUGCCCUUCCUGACCUCUUUCAGGAUGUCACUUGCCACCCUACUGGCCAUCUCCAGUCAAGUCCAGGACUGGUACAGCCAAUGGCAUGGGUUUUCCCCGUGGAACCAUGGGUCCCAGGCUGACUCCGCCAUAUCCUGGCUGGGCCUGGCCCUGCGCAUCUCCGAGAACCACCUGUGUCCUCCAUACAUCCGAGAUCUCUGGGGGUCUCUAUGGCAGGACCACUGCAUUCCUUGCAACAGCUAGCCUGUCUGGCCCAUCCUCAACUCUCAGCUUCCUGGUAGAAAAACAGGAUUUUCAGGGCAAUCGAGAAUAUAGCAGGUAGAGUACUCUCAAAUCUUAUCCCAGUUACAGUAGUAAGAGAUGCAGUAUUCUUGUUAUAAACCUACAAAGAAGUUUAUUUUUUAAUUUAAGGACAAUUUUUUAAUUUAACAAUCCUGUUACCCUUUUUAAACUUGGUGUAAAAUAUACAUAAGAUUUGCCAUUUUAACCAUUUUUCACUCUCCAUCUCCAGAACAUUUUUAUCAUCCCAAACUGAAGCUCUGUACCCAUUAAACACUAACUCCCCAUUCCCCCUCCCCCCAACUCCCGGCACCCACCAUUCUACUUUUUGUCUCUCUGAAUUUGACUACUCUAGGGACUUCAUAAAAGUAGAAUCAUACAGUAUUUUAAGUUUUGUGACUGGCUUAUUUCACUGAGCAGAAUGUCCUCAAGUUUCAUCCAUGUUGUAGCAGAUGUCAGAAUGCCCUUCCUUUUUAGGGCUGAAUACUAUUCCAUUGUAUGGACAGAUUACAUCUUGUUUAUCUGUUCUUCUGUUGGUUAUUGUAAAUAAUUUGCUGAAACAUUAGUGUACAAUUCACCUAGGAUAUCUUUCUUUCAAAGAUUUCAUUUUUUUUUUAAAGAUUUUUUAUUUUAUUUUAUUGAGAGAGACAGAGAGAGAGCAUGAGAGAGAGGAGGGUCAGAGAGAGAAGCAGACCCCCUGCUGAGCAGGGAGCCCGAUGCGGGACUCGAUCCCGGGACUCCAGGAUCAUGACCUGAGCCGAAGGCAGUCGCUUAACCAACUGAGCCACCCAGGCACCCUCAAAGAUUUCAUUUUUAAGUAAUCUCCACACCUAAUGUGGGGCUCGAACUCACAACCCUGAGAUCAAGAGUCACACACUUCACCGACUGAGCCAGCCAGGCACCCCCACCUAGGAUGUUUUUGAGGAAGAUCAGCAUUUAACCUCUCCAAGAUUUUAUUUUUAUUUAAAUAUCCUUGAUAUCUGGACGUCCUUAUCAGCUUGGAAGGUAGAAUACACAUAACAUCUUCUAAAAAGUUUUUUAUGAUCUCAGGGGAAUUUAAUUCUUAAGUAUUCCUUCAGGUAAUACAUGUAAAAACAAUGUUAUAUCGUCCUAACACUUAAUUUGUAAAAACCAUCAAAAGUGUUGAUGCUCAGAAUAAGCAAAUAUGGUGAGUUUAUAGCUUAUGGUACAAGUGAGUUUGCUUUAAUCUUAAGAAUUUGUUCAUCCAUAAUUUUUAUAUUUGGAUUCUUUUUUUUUUUUAAGUAAGCUCUAGGCCCAACAUGGGGCUUGAACUCACAACCCAAGAUCAAGAGCUGCAUGUUCUACCGACUGAGCCAGCCAGGUGCCCCUAUUUUUGGAAUUUUUUUAACAUAGCCAACCUGAAAACACAUUAAGUAGAUCAAAAGUUAGAUGUAGGUCUUUUCCAGUGCGAGUGAGAUAAAAGUAGAGACGCUUAAGAGAGAUGAAUCAAUAGGCGUGGGUGCUCUUCACUUUGACAAGGAGGAGGCUGAAAUGGAGCUGUGUGGGCAGUCUGUCAGAGAGUGGUAUUUGCUAAUAAUGCCAACGUCCUGGUAAAUUUAGAUUGAACUACAGUCACCUCUUAGCCAACUGCCUGGUUACCUGCAAGCACAUUUUAAGUCCAGGUUAAUUUCCUUCUGACCUGCUCUCGGUGGGAACAUGUGGAAGGAACACAGAAUAGCCUCAAGGCCAACUGUGGCAAAUCAUCUUUACGUAACAGCGGCAGUAAUAAUAAUUGGUCUGCAGAAUACAGCUCCAGAACAGAAAGGAAUUAUUUUUAUCUGAUUGUUGAUGAGAAGCCAAGAGUUCAACAGAAAAAUUAACCCCAGCAGCAUGCAUUUACAUUAGGGGCCAGAGUGCAACCCUUGUAAGGACUUGAAUAGAGAAAAAGAUUUGCAGUUGAAUAGGCCAUGUGUGCACAAGUUCUAAGGGGAGAGUCAAUGAAGAAGUCUGUCUUCCCUGUCCUGGAAACCCAUUCCCUCUCAGGAAGCCACUUACCAGGACGCCUGGGUGGCUCAGUGGGUUAAGUGUCCGACUCUUGAUAAUCAGCUCAGGUCUUGAUCUCAGUCGUGAGUUCAAGCCCAGUGGUUGGGCUCCAUGCCCAGCAUGGAGCCUGCUUAAAAAAAAAAGAAGCUGCUUACCUUCCACAUUCUACCAGACACAGUCUGUGCAUGUACAAAUGUGUUUUGUGAAUGGAAAUGAUAGCAAACUGUUCACAUUUUCCUACAACUUGCUUUUUUCACUUUUUAUCUUAGGAGUUUGUGUAAAUACAGAGCUGCUCUAUUCUUGUUCAUAGCUGCAAAUUAUUCCACAUAACCACUUAUGUUACAAUUUUAUACUAGAUCAUUUUAAUAACCAUUCAUGUUGAAAUAUUACCUUUUUAUUGAUGGACAUUUUUAACAAUUCUGAAAUGCAUGAUUUGGGACAUAAAUAUGAUUGAAUGUGAAAUCUUAGGAAGGUGGUUUCGACCAUCAGCCCUUUCGAGGGAAGGGUAAAGUUGCUGGUCUUGGCAUCCUAGGUCUGAUUUCUCAUUUCAUACCAUUUUCUAACUGCACCAUGUGAUUUUUGCCAUGCGUAUGGUGAGAUUACUUUCUUUGUA